UUACAUAUUCCUACUAAUUUACAGCUUUCUUGUAGCAAGAGUCUCUGCGCUAAACCGCGGACGGAGGGACGGACGGACGGACGGACGGACGGAUGGGCGGACAGACGGACAUGACAAUACUAUAAGCGUUCCUUGUGUACUACGGAACCCUAAAAAAAGUGUAAAAAAAAAUAGUGAAUCAUUGAAUACCCAGCGCCAUAAAAGUCUUAUCGUUUAAUUGAAAAGUAAUAGGGAAUAGUAGUAAUUUAAAAAGAUAUAGUUUUGUAAAAGUGUUACCAAAAAAAUGCACUAUAGUUUGCGCGAGGCCAAAAUCGGAACUAAUCAAAAGUGUUAUCUCCUAUCUGUCUAUCUCUAUCUAUAUCUUGGCGGGUAAAAGACAUCACUAACGCUGUCAACAUUAUUGCGCCGCCAGUCGGGCGCAGACUUAUCUUGUGCACUAUCUUAUCUUACCUUUGUUAUUGUAUAUUGGCCAAUAUUGCCCAAAAUACAGGUAGAGAGCGCGCAAGAUUGGGCAAUAUUGCCCAAAAUAUUUUCUUCUGUUCUUAAAUUUUUGCACGUGCUCACAAAAAAUGUGAUUGUGCAAAAAGCCUAUAACGAAAAUUUAACUAUAUCGAAUGUAGUAUUCGGGUAUUCCUCAACAUGACCGCCGCCUUAGAUCGACUAUUCAAGACAAAAGUCUGUGUCGUUUAAGCGAAGGAUCCAGUCAUUCGCUACGCGGUGCUACGAGAGAACGUCGGCAGUUAUAUUGUUUUGAGUUACAAUCUUCUGUUUACCUUUCUGUUUAUCCAUCUAAUUUGCUACAAUUCUAAAAAGUAGAGUUAAUUCCUAAAACUAUUGAAAAUAGAGAAGCUUUAAAAACUUUAUAAAUACAAAAAAAAGCUUUUAGUUUUCAUUUUAAACAGCGUUUUUUAAAAAUCCACGGAUGCUGAUUAAUGCGAGAAAAUACCACGAUAAUGCUAUUUAAAAAACUAAGAUAAAACUACUGAAAGAAUAUAUGAAACUUAAUAAGUUCGAGAUGACGCUAAAAGAUCUUCGAGUGCUUAAUCACAGAAUGAAAUAACAAUUAACUAUGAAGGGGAAAACAAACAUUCGCACACAUUAACGGGCGUCGCGUGUCUAGAGGGGUUAAAGUUUCGCCGGCGUAAUAUGCCAGCGCUCUGGCAGUCAUCCCAGCACCCUAUGUACAUUAGAACUGUAUGGGUGGACGGCUUUCGACACGCUAUCUUGACACAGGACGACCCCCAUUUCCUAAAAUUGGCCGCCAAAAGGCGACGACCGAGUUCAACAGCGAGCUACGCAAAAUCCGCAACAAACAGAAGCAUCAUCAGCUCGCUGAGCCAUCACGAAGACUUAGGAGAGUGCUUAAGGAAUCUAAACCUUGCGAUACGAAGCAGUAGAUACACAAACACAGCUGAAAGCAAACCCCACAUUGAAAAGCUUGAUCUAUGUGAUGUGGAAAAUUCUGAAGACGAAAUUAUCGUUAAAACACCUCCGCAGCCUGUGUGCCACUUAAAUAAUUUUAGAUUCGAUUUAGAAGCUGAUAACAUGAGGACUGUUAAAAGCAAUCGAACAGCUCGAAAUGACGUCAAAGAGAGCACCGAAUUAUCAGACAGAGUGCUACAGUGGUUGGAUUUAGCAGGGAAAGUCAAUCUUUUAACUGUCAACAACGUCGAAAGAAUGUCUCAACCGAGGCACAGUUGGCCGGAAAUACAGAGGCGGAAUCUGACGAAGUCUAAAACAGCGACAGAGUUAAGAGCGAGAGAAGUAAAAGUCGAUGGUAAAAUAAGUGGGCCUAUCGAUCGACAGGAGUAUUACAUGCCGACAUCGGCAAAUACGAUAGAAAACUACGCGCGACAGUCACGGAAUGUGAAAUGCACGCCACGUCACGACAUCAAGUUAAAGGAAAACAAAAAGGUCAAAGACAUGAGGGCCAGUGUGAUGGAAACGCGACAGAAAAUGGUCUCUGAAAGGAACGCUAUGGAGAAACAGUACGCUGAAAUGGUCAGCAAGAAGUUAUUACCCGACGUUGGGAAGACUAAGAAGCAAGUGCACAUAUUUAUGCCAGAGGCGUUGACUAAAAAAUUUGCAUCCAACACGUCGAGUAUUGCAGAGAGUUUGUUGUCGCAGAAAUGUAAUCUUUCAUCAGUGAAUCAGGCAGCAAAAUGAAAUCGCGCUAUUUAACCAACGAAUUAAUGAUUAUUGAUUUGAAUGGUAGAAAGGCCUUUGGGUGCUAGAUUCUUCCAUACGAGUAUAACGCUCCCUGCUAACAUACGCUAUAAGUAACGUUUAGUUUAUGCUUUAUUAAAAUUUUACUACAAUAAGUAUUUUUUUGUGGAUAAGUAUUUCGCUAAUGAACCGAAAGACAUACACAUGACGAUGGUGACAUACUUCAUCUUAGGCUGAAAGUUUGUUAGACUUUGGCCUACCUAUACCAGCCAAUUACCAGAGUUAGGACCGUGAUGGCAUUGAAAAGUCAAGGUCA